AUGGACACGCGGCAGGGCUACGACGAGAAUAUCUCCUCUAAGGUAGCCCCGUCUGGCAUUGUAGUGGGCCAAAACGAGGAGACACCUGAGCAACACCCCGGUGAGGAACCGGAUACCCAAAAUGACAGUUCCCAUGAUGAAGCGGACCUUGACGAUGAGAUGGAUGUGGAUGAUGAAGGCAGUGAGUAUACGGAUGACAUUCUUGAUGGUCUCUCUGACGGAGAGUCAAAUUACCAACCUGGAGAAAACUCGGGGGAGCAUCAGCCCAAUGGGGAAUCAGAAGGCGAAGACAACACCUCAGACGACGAGAUGACCGUUGACGAAGAAGUUGACGAGAAUUCGGAAGACAUGCUUGGCCAUCUUUUUGAUGGCCCGUCAGAUGACGAACACAGCGAAGCGACAUCACAGCAGGGCCAACAACCCGCCGCCUCUGAAGACCCUGCGACACAAGAGUCUGCCGAAACAGAAAUGCAGUACUGCGAAUUCUGCGGAGAACUACGACCAAUCAUGGCAUUCCAACCCCUUCCAUGCGGGGAUGAAUAUUGCAAUCUAUGCAUCAUGCAAACCGUCGAACUAUCUCUCUCGUCCACAUUGCACUUCCCCGCCAAAUGCUGCCAUAAAGAGAUACCCCCCGAAGACAUCGAGGGACAUAAGACAAUCGAUCGAACGUACUGCAGCAACCGUCAAUGCCUCAAGUUCAUCCCUCCCAGCAACACCUCCAAUGAUGGUGAACCCUGCUACGGCGACGAGGCAGAGUGCCCUGCUUGUAAUGAUAUCACUUGCACCAUGUGCAAGAACAAGGCACAUACAGGAGAUUGUGAGAAGCAGAAUGAGUGGGAGCAGUCCUUGGACCUCGCGGAGAGCGAAGGCUGGAAGCGAUGUUCUCGCUGCGGUCACCUCAUCGAGCGGGCUCACGGUUGCCGCCUGAUGGGUAUGCCACGGAACCAACUCACCAACCUUUUAAACUUACUGACUUAUACCUCGAAGCUUGUCCCUGCGGCCAUGUGUUCUGCUACGGCUGCGGUCAAGGACCUGAGACGUGCGAUUGCCAAUAGAAUAUCGAUUCUGCCCUUCAACAACUCAAGCUUGACGCCCCGCCGCGGCGUGCUCCAGCGGCCCUUAAUGAUGAUCGUCCUCAGCUCCCACCUAUGCUGUGCGACCACGACUGGCAGAGAGUGGAGGGACCCGGUUACUGUAGACUGUGUCGUGAGGGAGUACACCCCUAUACUUUCGAGUGUACAACCUGCACUCUUCGUGCCUGCCAUGGCUGCCGAGACCGCGCUGUUGCGCAGAUAA